UGUCUCCCUACCUCUGUCUCUGACUUUGUCACUGUCGCUGUCUGUGACUCUGUAUCCGCCGGAAGAGUGACGUGCCCAAAGAGAAUAACGAAUCAGCGAUAUGCGUUUGAUCUUGCGUGAAGACCCCGCUGCUGUGGGCGAGUAUACGGCUAAUUAUAUAUGUAAACGGAUAAAAGAGUUCAACCCGACUGCUCAAAGACCCUUCGUGCUGGGUCUCCCGACCGGUUCGUCACCUAUCCCGACGUAUAAGGCGCUCAUUAGGAUGGUUAAGGAGGGAAAGCUUUCGUUCAAGCAUGUCAUCACGUUCAACAUGGAUGAAUACGUCGGUCUACCGCGCGAUCACCCAGAGUCGUACCAUACGUUCAUGUUUCGCGAGUUCUUCUCGCACAUCGACAUCCCACCCUCGCAAGUACACCUCCUAGACGGGACAGCCGCAGACUUGCACGGCGAGUGUGCAGCGUACGAGGCUCUGAUCAAGUCUGUCGGUGGGAUUGAGUUAUUUUUGGGUGGGAUUGGUGAGGAUGGGCAUAUUGCUUUUAACGAACCUGGCUCCUCCCUAAAAUCCCGCACACGCAUAAAAACUCUCGCAUACGACACUAUCCUCGCCAACGCGCGGUUCUUCGGGAACGAUAUUAACCAGGUUCCGAGGAUGGCGUUGACGGUGGGUGUAGGGACUGUGUUGGACGCGAGGGAAGUUGUGGUUGUUGUUACGGGUCAGAGGAAGGCUUUGGCUUUGAGUAAGGCUAUUGAGGAGGGAGUUAAUCAUUUGUGGACCCUCUCAGCCCUCCAACACCACCCCUGGGCCCUAAUCAUAGCAGACUCAGACGCAACCCUCGAACUACGCGUCAAGACCGUCCGCUACUUCCGAUCAAUCGAGAGAGUACAAGAAGAGGUGGAGCAGCAUCAUGCGGAGUUGAGAGCGAAGGGUGUGAGGGAGGGUGUAGGGGGUAGUUUGGGCGUGGCGGGGUUGCUUGGGCAUGGUAGUCAUGCGGUGCAUGGAGGGUUGGAGGAUGUUUGAGUGGUUGGGUGGUUGGGAAGAAGGGAGAGGGGGGAACGGAUUGUACUACAAGGAGGUCUUGUGUCUUGUUUUCUUGGUACGUGUGUAUCCCCGCUCAUGUGAGGUUACAAGGAAUAUUUUUGUGUAACAUUAUGCGACGAAGCAGCAACCUGACAAUGAUAGCAGAAUACAUUACAGUACAUGCAUGCAUGAUACAAAAUAUAAAUAAAUGGGAUGCG